UGGUUUGACUCAACUGUUGAACUGUUGGGAGGAGGAUGAGGAGAAGGGGGGAGAAGGAGGGGGUGCGGUCACCCGGGGUGAGGCUCCGACCCCAGCUGAACCGGUGAGUGGGGGAAGAAACGACAGAGCGCAUUUGAGGAGCAGAAACAUCCAGACGUGAUGUGAAGCAGAGGUUUUUAUCAAAGGUUUCAGCAGCUGUUUGAUUUCAAUUUCUGGUGCCAUUACAGCACACUUCACCCCAAACCACCAGCCCGCAGUCAGUUCCUCACACUCCUCACAGCUCCCUCAAGUGUGGAAUCAGUGUUAGAAGAUGACAGGUCAGACUGUGGGAGGCAUCAUCCAGGAGCUGUCAGUGCCCUCACUGCUGGCUGUAGAGGGGCCGGGGUCCAGGCCUCUGGGAAGGGCUGUGUCCUUCACUGAUGAGGCUGUUUCCAUCCUGACCUCUACAAGCCAGUUGGCCCAAACCCUCCUGAGUCACACUUUUUCCCUCAAACCCACAAAGAGCCUAGCCAAUGCUGAAGCAAAGGCUGGUAGCAGCUACGAUGAGGACAACGGCAACUCUGCACGCCGCAAACGAGAGUUUAUCCCCACCGAGAAGAAAGAUGAUGGCUAUUGGGACAAGAGGAAAAAAAACAACGAGGCAGCCAAGCGGUCCAGAGAAAAGCGGCGAGCCAAUGACAUGGUGCUAGAGAGGCGAGUCCUGGGAUUGCUGGAGGAAAACGCCCGCCUGAGGGCAGAGCUGUUGGCCCUGAAGUUUCACUUCGGCCUGGUCAAGGAUCCAUCUGAUGUUUCCAUCCUGCCGCUGUCUGCACCCCUCUGUGCUCACCCAACACCCAGUGCAAAACAUUUCUACCAGCCUCAUACUGAUGGAUCCUCAUACCCCAACACACCGCCCAGCAUCCACCACGUCCACCCUCACCCUCCACAGCCAGGUGCCAUCUAUGGAUCAAGGGGAGCCGGGAUUUUGUCAAGUCAUAGUGUAUCAGAGGAGUCCGGUGUCUCCACCUCAUGCAGCUCAGAUGUGGGCAGCCCUGUGUUUUUUGAUGACACACUGAGUGAGUGUGGUGGGCCUUCUCCGAGAGAGUUGGUGGAGGAGCAGCAGGGCUACGACUCUCACAUCUGUCCCCUGGAGACCAAUGAGAGUCAGCAUGUAAACAGACUAGACUCACCUCAGAGUAUGAGGAGCCUCCCGCACAAGCUCCGCUUCAAAGGGCCUGCUGGUUGCAGUGAUGGAGGGGAGACGUCUCCAUCCUUUGAUACUAGAACCAGUGGACCACCUGUAGCAACAGUGUGGCCAAACAUCCAAGUGGGGAACCACCAGCAGGCAGGAUGGGACAGUCGGACACAGAGUCAGGCUCCUUGGUCCAGGGAGGAAGCCUCUGGUGGACUUGGGCCGCUGUAUCAAAAUCAGGAUCCUUCCUCUGGACAUUGUAAUUCCUCCUCCAUGCAGAACUUGACAGAGGAUGCCAGUCUCAGGUCUCAGAUGAGCUGUUUGUCUCAGGAAGUGGCUCAGCUCAAGAGGCUCUUCUCUCAGCAGCUGCUCUCCAAGAUCGCUUAACACCUGAGCACAGGGACUCCCGUUAGUAGACAGAUUUCACACUACAUCUGUACAAACCAUCGAUCUUACAGACUGCUGACUACCCACAGAACAGCACUACCCCAGUGGGAACAGCUC